GUAGCACACAGGCGCAACUUCGUUUCAUGGGGUCGCGUUUUGAUGACUCUAUUUGUAUUUGCGACAGCCAAAAGAGGUCGGCUUCCUUCCAGAAAAUACAACUUAAAUAAAAAGAAAAAAGAAGAAGGGGAUAGGAAAAGGGAAACGGAGUGAGAAAAUACAGCGGCAACGCGGAGGAGGAGUGUCGGUGAAAGGAGCCUCCUUCCCAGUCCCCAUGGACCCCAUGCAGUGAGAGGUCAGGGCUGUCCAUCUGAGUAGUGAAUCUCAGAAGAGCAGACAGUCGGAGUUGGUGAAGCGUUUCACACAAAGCAUGGCCACAGCCAGAGAAGGCGGCAUGAAGCAAAGAACGGCACCCAUUAAAGAAGAAGACGACGGGGAGUGGGAUACCCUGGGUGAAAUCUGUGUGAAGCUGGAGGAGUGUGAAAGAAGAAUUUCAGCUUUUAAAGAAGAGGAGCCCGAGAUGGAGACGCUCGACAUUAAGGUCGAGGAUCCCGACGACUUCUCAGCCAGCCUUGAACCGAAAAAGCACAAAGCUGGGAAUGUGUGUAAGCCAGACGACUGCGAAGAAUCUCAUUGGAGUGCGCGGCCCGGGACCGCUGGCAGAGGACCACCGGCCACCCGGCAGAUUUCUAAGGAACUGAAAUCGGAGUGUGAGGAGGGAAACCGUAGAGAAGAAGAAGAAGAGAUGUCAUCUAGGAGCGGUGCAGUCAGCUUACAGGAGAAUGGCAGCUUCUCCUCAUCUUCAUUUGCUCAGACCUCUCCUCAGUGGAAAAAGCGGGACAAGAAGAUGGCUAAGAAAUCAACAAGAGGAUCACGGAUUUUGACAGCCACUUCUUUGGCAUGCAGUUCUGUUCCUGCUGACAAACACAAUCAGCCCGAAGCCCUCAACUCUGAUCAACAACAAGUGCGUAAUACAAAUCACACGGCCUUGUUUACCAACUCAUCUGACCAUAAAGAUAAUACACUGAUUCGUACAAAACAGAAGCCAUUUGCCUGCUCUGAUUGUGGCAAACGAUUUUCACACAGCAACAGUUUUCACAGACACAAAAGAAUUCACAAUGGAGAGAAGCCCCAUUGCUGUUCUGAAUGUGGCAAGUGUUUCUCAGACAACAGAAAUCUUAAUAGCCACAUGACAAUCCACACUGGAGAGAAACCCUAUGCCUGUCCAGAGUGUGGAAAAAGAUUCCCAUUGUUGCGCAGUCUUCAGAGCCACAUAAGAAUCCACACUGGAGAAAAACCCUAUUGCUGCUCUGAGUGUGGCAAGCGAUUCUCUGACAAUAGCGGACUUCGACAGCACACCCGAAUCCAUACUGGAGAGAAGCCAUACUGCUGUUCUGAAUGUGGUAAACGAUUCUCUCAGAGCAGCAAUCUUCAGAAACACCUUCGAAUCCACACAGGAGAAAAACCUCUUUGCUGUUCCGAAUGUGGCAAGAGAUUUUCAAACAGUAGCAGUCUGCAAAAACAUGUAAAAAUUCACACUGGAGAGAAACCUCACUGUUGUUCUGAAUGUGGGAAAGGAUUCUUACAAAUCUAUCACCUCCAAUGCCAUAUCAGGAUUCACACUGGAGAGAAGCCGUAUUGUUGUACUGAAUGUGGGAAACAGUUCUUACAAGUAAGCCAACUUCGGAGCCACAUCAGAAUUCACACUGGAGAAAAACCGCACUGUUGUUUGGAAUGUGGCAAACGAUUCUCUCACCUCAGCAGUCUUCAUAAUCACUUAAGAAUUCAUACUGGUGAGAAACCCCAUUGUUGUUCAGAAUGUGGGAAAAGAUUCCUACAAAUCGGCCACCUACAACAACACAUUCGAAUUCACACAGGAGAGAAGCCUUAUUGUUGUUCUGAGUGUGGCAAACAAUUCUCACAAACAAGUAGCCUUCACAAUCACAAACGAAUUCACACGGGAGAGAAGCCCCAUUGCUGUCAAGAAUGUGGCAAACGAUUCUCACAGAUCAGCAAUCUGAAGAGCCACUCGAGAGUCCACACGGGAGAAAAACCGUAUUGCUGCACCGAAUGUGGCAAACGUUUCUCCCACAACUGCAGUCUUCAGACCCAUGAAAAAAUCCACACGGGAGAAAAGCCUUAUUGCUGUACUGAAUGUGGGAAACGAUUUUCACAAAUAAGCCAACUUCAAAGCCACACCAGAAUUCAUACUGGAGAGAAACCUUACUGUUGUGUUGAAUGUGGGAAACGAUUUUUGCAAAUAAGCCACCUGAAGUGCCAUAUGAGAAUCCACACCGGAGAGAAACUUUAUUGUUGCCCAGAAUGUGGUAAGCGAUUUUUAGACAGCAGCACUCUUCGUAAGCAUGAAAGAAUUCAUACAGGCGAGAAGCCCUAUACCUGUUCUGAAUGUGGCAAACGAUUCCCCUACAGUAGCAGUCUUCAGAAGCACACACGGAUUCAUACUGGAGAGAAGCCGUAUAGCUGUUCUGAAUGUGGCAAACAGUUCUCUGACUGCAGUGCCCUCCGCAGCCACAGGAGAAUCCACAGUCGGGAAAAACCUUAUUGGUGCUGCGAAUGUGGCAAACGAUUUCGCUACGGUAACAGUCUUCGGCUGCACACUCAAAUCCAUACCGAAGAGAAGCCAUAUUGUUGUUCCGAUUGUGGGAAACGAUUCUCCAAUAACGGCUAUCUUCAGAAACACGCCAAAAUUCACAGCGGCGCCAAAUCUCAUUGAACAUUCCAACAAGUGUGAGGAGAGACAGGUCCAUCCUGUUUGUUGAGAUUGUCCAGAAUAACCUCAAGUCAAGAUUUGAAGGUCCCUACGUCCUCUGCUCUGUCUGCAACACUACUUGGUCAUUUAUUACAUGUGGCUGUGGUUCUUUUGCAUGAAGAAGAAAAAAUGUUCUAAUUUUUUUGCAAAAUCUGCCCUUACGUUUCCCAUCAUGUGAUUCGGAAUAAAUUUUACAGUAACAGCUGGGAUCCACUGUGCUAAUUGCAUUCAUCAUUUUAAACCCUUCCAUCCUGUCAAUUCUUAAUCGCUGCUUGAACUGAUAAAGGUUCAGCUCUUUCAGUCUCCUCCUAUAGCUCAUACUUCUUACCCCCAGGAUCAGCUUAGCCUCUCUUCUCUGGACCUUUUCUUGUGCUGCUAUGUCUUUAUUGUAGUUUGGAGACCCAAACUGCACCCAGGACUCCAGAUGAGGCUUCACCAUUGUGUUACAAAGCUUGAGUAGAGCCUCCUGUGACUUGUACUCCACACAUCAAGGCGCUAUAUAACCUGUUAGCCUUCUUAAUAGCGUCUGAACACUAUCUGGCUGUAGACAGUGAUGAGUCCACAACGACUCCCAAGUCCUUCUUAUAUGGGGUGCUUUCAAGUUUCAGUCGUCCCAUUCUGUAUUCAGAGCUAACAUUUUUACUUAUUAAAUGUAACACUUUGCAGUUCUUUACAUUCAAUUUCAUCUGCCACAAAUGUCUAAGUCCCUCUGAGAUGGCUCAACAGAUUCCAGAUCAUUCAUCUAUCUCAGUAUCAUCUACAAAUCUAACCAGAUUAUUGAUCAUGUUGUUUAUGUGUAUUAAAUAGAGAGGCAGCCCCAGCACUGAAAGGUCCACCAAUUUCACCAACACCUGUCACUGAAAAUGUUCUUUGCACCAUAACCCUUUGUUUCCGGUGCCUGAACCAGUUUUGUGCCCAUCUACACACUACACCUUCAACACUGACCACUAAACUCUCAUGGAGUACCUGAGCAAAAGUCCUCUGAAAAGAAAGACAAUUAUCAUCAUAUCUCCUCCAUGAUUGUAGGCUUUUGUUGCUUCCUCAUAGAAAUCCAGCAUAUCAGUGAAACUUGACCUUCCUCAUCUAAAACCAUGCUGACUGUUCAGUGACACUCCUGUUCUUGCCACGUGUUGCUCAAUCGUUGCCAGUUAAUUUACCUGUGAUGCACGUUAACCCUGCUGGCACAUAAUAACUUGCAUCAACCCAGUCACCUGUCUAUCAGCUCUCACUGACCUCCUUUAGCACUCUCAUAAAUAUGAUCCGUUAGAUUUCAUCCUGUUUAAUCCCAGCAGCACUCCUCCCUCUACAUUUCCAAAUCACUAGAUCCCUUCUUAAUAUUUCAUGUCGCUGCUCAAGGCUAUCCACUUCUUAACAUGCACAAGUUCAACAAAUUAGCCUUUUAAGUGUCAACAUUUUAUUAUUCCCCAUUGCUAUUCCUGAUACACUUCACCUCUUCCUUGACUGCUAAAGUAUUAAAAGCAUCUCUUUAGGUCAGCUUUCUCCUUCUCUCAAUAUUUCUUGCCAGCUGCCUUUUAGCUUUUCUAAUAUCCCUUUUCACAACCGCUCACAUUUAUAUCCAUUUGGGAGUUUUCAAUCAUUUUUUUUUCUGCUUCUACAUUUUAGGAUGAAUUUGUCCUGCAUUUACUGUAAAACACUUUGAAACCUGAUGCUCUUCUCCUCAGCUGUCACCACACAGAAGAGCUUAUCCAAGUUAAUUGUCCUGUAGCUUGGCUACAUCUGCUCAAAGUUUUUUCUACUAAAAUUAAAUGUAACUGUUUUUGUUUUAGAAUAUGCACUCUGCCAGAACACCGUGAACACCGCAAUGACAUCCACUGGGGCUCCUUUAUACAACGGCAACACGAGACAUGGGGAUUGCGACUGUCAACUCACAAGCUUUAUGGAUUUUUAAUGUUAGUCAUUCUGGGGUGUGCUCAGAUCAUAUUAUCUAUCUAUCUAACAUAAAGUUCCUU